AUGUAUAAAGGCCAUUUGGGGAUUAAAAAACUAAUAUUCAAGACCGAUAAAUGGUCAGAAUACUCCAAACAAGUAUCACUUUGUUCUGUCGAUGGAGAUAAAUACCUAUCAAUUUUGCACAAUAACUAUAAUUAUUCAUUACUAAAAUACAUAAAAGAGACUAGGGAAUGGCUAAGCAUUACUGAAUCAAGGAUGAAUUUAUCAAAUUUAAAGUUUUACAAUGGAGAUAAAUAUUUGUCUAUUGGAGACUUGAAGAUAAAGUAUAAAAUAUUUUUAUAUGAAAUGAAUUAUUGUGUUAUAUUCCGGAAUAAAGACCGAGACCCUGAAUUUAUUGAUUAUUUUCUGUAUGAUUUGAUAAAAGAUUCUCUUGAAAUUGUCUAUAUAAGUGGAAUCUCAGUUACUCAGGAUCCCACCAACAAUAUAAUCAAACUACAUAAUAACACUGAUACCAACACUAAUUUCAUUGAUAAUGUCGAUAAUUCAGUUAAGAACUCUAUUGUUACUGGUAAUGCAGAUGAUGAAAUUGAUAACGGUAACAAAUUGGAUAAUGGGAUAAUCUUAAAUAUUAAUGGGAAUAUGAAUAAAAAAUAUAUCGAAUACAUUUGUACAAGAAAUAAUAAAUUUAAGCAAAUUUCGUUUGAUAAUUAUACUGUCUGGUCAGCAAGCGAUACAAAAGAAUAUGUUGAAAAGGUAUCGUAUUAUAGUGGAAUUGAUAAAUAUUUGAUGAUAUUUUUGCACAAUAAUAAACAUUUGUUAUACUAUCGUCAGGGUAACCUAGAGAAUUGGAUCGAUAUAACCUACAAAAGGGUAGACUUGAAGAAGAUACAUUUAAUUAAUGAGGAUAAGAAAAGGCUGACAAAUAAAGAUUAUGACUGUUGGAUGAGAAACUUCCUCUGUGAAAUUAGGCCCAAGAAGAAAGUUGAAGAAAUUUUGAUAAACAAGCUGAAUUUACUAUAUUUAAAUGGUUAUUACGAUGAAAUUAUAGACCGAAUAGCCAUAGAUUUUAUAUACGACGAGUUGAUAAUUGUUUUUAAGAAUGCUAAAAUUAUCGCUUUCAACAUUUCAAACCUUAAAGUUAAACUUAUACAACAUGAUUGA